AUGUCGACGGCGGAAGACUUGGAGGUCCUGCAAAUCUUGCGCUCUCUUCCCCCACUUCUCUCGCCGGACCUCCCUUCUCCUCCGCCCUCGCGGCCAGCCUCGCCUAUCAAAGUCGAGCCAGCACCGCUGGAGAGAAAGCAUGAGGAGGACGGACACCGAAAUGGAGAGGAGCCGUCACAGCGGCCUACCAUCGGACUGGGUUUCGAGGAGGGGCUUGACGAAGUUGCAGCCAAGCGCCCGCGACCGGCUCCUCCGCCUCCUCCAGCUCCGCCAGGCCGUCCACCACCCCCUCCUCCAGCCGCUCUUCCUUCAGACCUGAAGCCGUCUACGCCCGACUUGCGCAACUCGCCCCGGCCAGCAUCGGCAAGACUGUCUCUGCCGAAAGGCUCGCCUAUGCUCGGCUCGCCUCGUGUUGAUCGCGAAGCAGAAUGGCGGAAGGAGUGGCCGAAGGAACGGCUGCGGAAGCUGGCUGCACAGUGUCGCGACCACGGACGCAAGCUCAAGCACGCAGGCGACGCCAUUGCUCGCACGCCUCACCCCUCGCGCAAAGACAUCCUCCGCGCCCUCGCUCACCACAUCGACUCCAUCCUUCUCUACAUCUACUCGUUCUGGUGCGACGACGCGGCGAACCGGAACUGCAACGUGCAGCAGUGGGAGAGCGGGUUCGGGUUGAUCUCGUUCGUCCGCAAGAUGGCAGAGAAGGAGAACGUUGCACUCGUCGUCGGCCUGUGCACCCGCAUGGAGGCGAUAGCUGUCUUCACGACCUCGAUGCACGAGCAGAAGGCGCUCAACUUCAGAGGCACGCAGCUCUCAUAUCACCGACCGAGCGCCUCGAGCGCACCCUCUUCCUCCUCUGCCGCCACCCUCCCACCGCGACCACCCGGCCCACCUCCCCCUCCGCCGCCCUUACCGCCGCCCGAUCACUCUGCCGCUUCGCCAGCUUCGACCGCUGCGACUGACUCUCCCGUAACAACGGCAUCGCCUUCAACCGCGUCAGGCGCCACGAGCCACCCUCCACCGCCAUCUUCCGCCGCCCUGUCCGGCACGAAACCCUACGAAGACUUCCUCCGGUCCUUCCUCCGCGCCUCGCCCGAACUCUUCCGCUUCCAGCGACUCUACGACGACUCUUGCACCAUUCUCUCACCCGCAUUCCUCUCCACCUCCUUCCCCGAGACAUGGGUUCUCUGUACCCUCGAUCCAGGCGACAGUCCGAGUUCGCAUCCUUCAGCGUUCAUCCUCCCGAACCGACCCUGCAGGUUCGCCUGGCCGGCCGAGCUUGGACGAGGGACGAACGCGUGGGUCGCACAUCAGGUAGCAUGGGCGAGGAAGCUGGUUGAGGAAUGGGCUGAGCGAGAGGGACUGGGCUACGUCCCAGAGAACGUUGGCGAAGGUGUCUAG